UUCGCUCCUCUCGAAACCAACAGAGCCUCCAAAUGGAAAUCUCACGCGUUUUUUCCUUCCUCGCGGCCUCCGCCAUUAUCGCCGCUCACUUUCUGCUCUCAUCGGCGAUGGCCGUCGAUUUCUCCGGCGGUGACAAACUCCUCUUCGUCCCGGCGGAAUCCAAGUGCAGAGGCUCUAUCGCUGAAUGCUUUCUCGCCGGAGAUGACAAUGAUUCCGCCUUCGGAAUGGAGUUCGAGAUGGACUCCGAGAUCAAUCGCCGAAUUCUAGCGUCUUCUCGCUACCUGAGCUAUGGCGCUUUGAAAAGGAACAGCGUUCCUUGCUCUCGCCGAGGUGCUUCUUACUACAACUGCCAGCCUGGCGCUCAGGCCAAUCCUUACAGACGCGGUUGCAACGCCAUUACUCGCUGCCGGAGUUAAUUUCUUACCAAAAUCUUUUUUGGAUUUAGAAUCAUCGUCGUAUUCUACCGGUUAGUUCUUCGUGUGUUUAUACUGAAUAUACAUGUCGAUUUGAGUAAUAAGAUCCAUACAGAGGAUUGCAAAUGUAGUUUACAUCAGCUUCUCUGAGUCGUCUAUGAGUUUUUUUGCGCUGAUUCUGUUUUAUCCAGAGAUAACUGUUCUUGUUUGCAAUUGGUAAUACAGUGGUAGGAAGAAACACAGUAUUUCUGUAAAUUUCUGGUGGAUCUUGCUGAAUCUGCAGGGGCCAUCAUCUGAGUUCUUUAUUUGUUCAUGAUCAUUUAUUCAUUAUAAAUCAUAUUCUAUUCGUUUAUUU